AUGUCCGUCGAGUCGCCUGCGGCCGGCAAGGCGGUCGCUCCAAGCGGAGACUUCACUCCGCCGCCUCCGACGAGCUCACUCGCGGGCGCCAUCGCGCUGGUCGCCGGCACGACCGUCGGCGCAGGCAUCCUCGCGCUUCCGGCCAAAACGCUGGCCGCGGGCAUCGUUCCCACGACCGGCACGCUGCUCGCGUCGUGGGUGUACAUGGCCUCGUCGGGGCUCCUCAUCGCAGAGGUGAACGUCAACACGCUCUGCGCGCUCGAGCGGUCCGCCGUCUCGCUCUCGACGAUGACAGAGGAGACGCUGGGUGUGGCGGGGUCGCGGGUGAGUUCGCUCGCGUACGUCUUCAUCCACUACACCCUCCUCGUCGCGUACAUGCUGCAGGGAGGCACACUCCUCCUCGAGCUCGGCGCGGCGCUGCCUCCGCUCGCGGCGCUGCCCGCCGCCACCGCCGGCCCUCCACUCUUCGCGGCGCUGCUCGGCGGCGCGCUGCUGCUGUGCCCGCCCGCGGUGGUCGAGAAGGUGAACGCGGUGCCCGCUAUCCCGGUGAUGGUGCUCUCCCUCGUCUACCACAACGUGGUGCCAACCAUUUGCUACCAGCUCGGCUGCGACCUGCCCCGCAUCCGGACCGCCAUCCUCGCCGGCUCCGCCAUCCCCACCCUCAUGUUCAUCGCCUGGUGCGCCGUCAUCCUCGGCUCGGUGCCCUUCGACGCCGCCGACGCCGCUGUCGCGGCGGGGGAGACCUUCGACCCGCUCGCGCUGCUCCGCUCCUCGGGCGACGCGUUCGGCGAGGUCGUGCGCGUCUUCUCGCUCCUCGCCGUCUCCACCUCCUUCGUCGGCUUCUACUACGGCCUCACCGACUUCUUCGCCGACGCGCUCGGCCUGGACCAGCGCAACGAGCGGGCGGCGGCGGCGGGCGGCGGCGCGGCGGCGGCGGCCGGCGCGGGGGAGCGCGGGGAGGAGCCGAGGGAGGAGGGGGACGCGGCGGCGAGGCGGACGCCGCAGCAGCGGGCGCUCCUCACGGCGCUCGCGCUGCUGCCGCCGCUGGGCUUCGCCCUGUCGGACCCGUCCAUCUUCUUCUCGGCGCUCGACAAUGCGGGCACCUACGGCAUCCUCACGCUCUUCGGCAUCAUCCCGGCGGCGAUGGCGUGGGCGCAGCGCUACGGCGACGGCGACGCGGAGCCGGGCGACGCCGUCGCGCCGGCCGCGCUGCCCGGCGGGCGGGCGACUCUCGUCGCGAUGAUCGUGGCGGCGGGC